ACUCCGCUCAGGCCCCGCCCCUUGCGGGCGUUUGGGGGCGGAGCCACGCGGUCGUCAUGGCGACCUGCAGUGUUUGCGCUCCGCGCUGUCGGCUAACGCUGCCAUGGCCACCCGGCAGCCGUGCCGGCGGAAGCCCUCGCCUUGCCGCAUACGGCAGCCGCCGGAGCCGCCGCUUAAGUUGAAGGUGGUGGGGCUCUUCAAAAGCUCCAGCUUUCAGGUGUCGAAGACCAUCGCUGAGACUCUGAAAAACAAUUACCCUACCAGAUUUGAAGACCCCGUGAUAGUUCCUCUUCAAGAAUUUGCUUGGGAUGAGUAUCUCCUGGAGAAAAAGAGGGAGCUGAAGGGUGAAACCUGGGUGUAUUCCUCUUACGUGAUAUGCUUCGUUAACGACCAACUCCUGGGGAACGCGUCUGACCUGAAGAAGUGGGCUCAGAAGGUGUGGGAUGUGGUUGACAUUCGGCCCUCUGCGCUGUAUCAGGCGCUUACUCUGGAUUACGCCACCAAGUUCUUACAAGACACCAAGCAUGAUUUUGUGUACUUGGACGUCUGUAUUGAUCUUGCUCUAAUUGGAAGAAUGAUUUUUGAGCUGUUUUGUGAUACGUGUCCCAAAACAUGUAAAAAUUUUCAGGUCUUAUGCACAGGAACGGCAGGGUUUUCUGAAAGGGGCGUAAAGCUUCAUUACAAAGAUUCCAUUUUUCAUCGAGUUGUCCAGAAUGGUUGGAUACAAGGAGGAGAUAUAGUAGAAGGAAGAGGAGAUGACGGAGAGUCUAUUUACGGACCAACAUUUGAAGAUGAAAACUUUGCAGUUCCUCAUAAUAAAAGGGGAGUUCUUGGAAUGGUCAAUAAAGGUCGUCAUACCAAUGCGUCACAAUUCUACAUCACGCUGCAAGCAACUCCCUAUAUGGAUAAAAAAUUUGUGGCAUUUGGGCAACUAAUUGAAGGAACCGACGUUCUUAAACAACUAGAAUUAGUCCCAACAGAGAACGAAAGACCAAUGCUUCUUUGCAGUAUUAGAGACAGUGGAACUCUUUAUGCCUAAUUUUCAUAGCAAUCACAUCUGGGAUGGUUUAUUGCUGUGCAUUUAAGAAGCUUCAAUAUUUAAUUAAAUGGUGCUGGAUAACAUUUGAUUUGAAGGCUGUGACAGGGGCAUUAGGUUGGUUCAUCUAACAAUUAAUCAUUACCCGUUUCCUCUCCUGCCUCCACCAUAGAGACUACAACAAAUGAACAAACACACAAACAAACAAACAAACAAAACCCUCAAUUUCUCAGGCUCCUUUACCACUGGAAAGGCCAUCUGAGAGCACUCUGGCUAGUGGGUGAGUGGAGUGCCAUGGUCUUGCCCCCACCCCUACAUCAUGUCUUGAAUACAGAUAGGCCGGAAGCCAAGAAAAGUGCUGGGCUGUCAGUCCCAGCCUCGCCACCUCCUGCUUCUGGACUGUGUACUGCACAAGGCAAAGAGACCUCUCUGCUCUAUUCCUGGUGCUUGUUAUUUGUGGCCCCGAACAUUAUUAACCUAGCAAUAUACCUACUAAUUUUUGAGUCAGAGCAUCUGUAAAUGAAUUGUUUGUAACUACAUUCCUAUCAUGAUAAACUUGUUAAAUCACUGAUGUAAUAGAAAAAAAACCAAUUUCAUGCGAAGUUACAUUGCUUAUAUAUAACAUACAGCAAGAAUACAUGUGUUUGGAUGUUGGAAAGAUAAUCCAUGUCUCUGAGACAAAUGAAAAUUGAGCAUGGAUUGAUCCUGUGGUGGCUGAUCCCAGUGGCUUUUCCUGAGCUCUGUUUUAUCUGCUGCUCCGUCUGAAGGUCCCUAAGGCUACAUCAUUUGUAGGGAAGGCAUUUUAAAUACAGACCAGCAGGCUCUGUCACACCUCCUGAGUCACAGUCUCUAGAAGAGAGAAGCUCAAGAUGGAGACAGGGAUCUGUAUUUCUUUAGUUCUUCUUUACUUGGACAGCUGAGCACCAGUCAUCUGAGAAUCACAAGACCACAGAGUGGCUGAUUUCAGCACCCCUAGUGCUGUCCCCAUAGCUCCUGACCCUUAUUGGGGACUGCCCAAUUCCUACUGCCACCUCUACCCUUUCGCCUCUGUCCCACCUUUCUGAUUUUUCUAACCCUGCUCUAAAGGAGGCUUGUCUUCCAAGGAUGACCCCCCCCCAAAAAAAAACCAGUUCUGAAAGAGGGGCCAUUCAUUGAUUUGGGGCUUGCCAAAAGUAGGCAUAUAUUUAUUUUGAGGUGACUACAAAUUCGCAGGAAGUUGCAAAAAUAGGACAGAGCAGUCUUGUGUCCACUUCACCCAGUGUCCCCGGUGCCUCCACCCUCUGUAACUAUGGUGCCAUAUCAAAACAGGCAGCUCACAAUGCUGCAAGUGUGCGGUGCCAUUUUAUCAUCACGUGAAGCUUUGCGUCACGAGUAAGGAAGAUCCACGACCCCACGAGACCAACCUCAGCCUACCCCUUACUCGUAUCCGCCCUUUUCUAUUGCUGCAUUAUAGCCCACCAGCACGUAGCCCUAACGUGGAUGAGGAGAAUGCACAUUACACAUUCCAAGCUGUGAACAUGUCCUCUGGAGCCAGGCUGCCUGGGUUGGAAACCCACCUCUGUCCUUCUUUGCUGGCAUCAGUUUAGACAAGAACUUUUCUGGGCCCUUGUUUCCUCAUGUGAAAAAGAGGUGGUGGUGUCCUGAGUGUGGCUGUCCAAGGUCAGUAACUAGUAAUUUAUGUAAAGAACCUAAAAAGAGGCGUGGUAUGCUGUAAGUGCUCAAUGGAUGGGUGCUCAGUUUGAUCUUCAAUAAAUUAUGUGUACCCUGUAGGAGCUGGCCUCUGAAUGUGUACUCCGUAAAUGCUCUCCAAGACUCAACAGCCACUGCAGAGAGUCCUUUUUCUUGACAGAGCACAGGGAGAGCGGAGAACACAAACUUCUCUUUAUUUACUUGGAAAUCCCAAAACAGAACCUCACCGUGUAGCCUAGUCUGGCCUUGAACUCACAAUCAAUCAUCCUGCCUCCACCUUCCAAGAACUAGGUUGUAGGUAUCACUGCCGGAUCUGAUUCACCGAACCCUGGCUUUUCUGUGAAUCCUCCAGACUUCCUCUCUGAGACCUGAGCCAUUCCCAGGUCACACUGGUGUUAUCACAGAAGACGGGUCGGUACAUCAGUAAGACAAAUCAAAUAGAAGCCCCUGUGCUUUUCCCAGGGUCCUGGUUAAAGCACAUGACCAGAACUGGUGAUGUAACAGAGAGCAGGUUUUACUAGUGGAAAACUAUCCAUGGCAUUAGACACUUUGUCUGAGAUUGUGAAAGAACUGGGAUAUUCGCUCGUUAAAAGAGACUUAUCUAGGAGUGGGUGGAGCGGCUCACACCUGUAAUUCCCUCACCAGGAAAGUGGAGGCAGAAGAUCAGUCUACAUAGGGUGUAUAGUUUUCAAGUCCAGCCUGGGUUACUCAGCAAGUUCAGACUAGCCUGGGAUACAUGAAAUCAUGUCAAAAAAAAAAUUGUAUUUCCUUUAACAUCAAUAUAAAGGUAUAAUUCUACCAAUCUUCAGAAAUGCCAAGUCAUUAUCACUUUAUUCACUUGUGCUCUACUUCUGGGCAUCAGAAACUUUAAUUUCAAAUCUCGCUGUGUGGUGGUUCUUAGGACCACCAUUUAAAAGUAUACACAUUGAUACCUCUACUCCGGAGGUAGAGGCCAGUUCAAGAUCAUCCUUUAUACAUAGUAGUUUGAGACCACACUAGACUACCUGAGACCCUGUCUCAAAAUAAAAUAAAAUUUAAAAAUCAAGUAUAAAUGGAAAAAUGGCAUUGGCCCCACUAUAAACAGUUACUGAUUGCUUGGUAAUGAAUAAACGACCCAGCAAUACCAAGAUCCCAGGUUCUUGACUUUUACAUCUUAGGAGUAUUUUAAGUUAAACACGCUUGUUUUACAGUCAUCUUCCCUACAGUAAUGAUAAUGGUCAAAUUAUUUGACCUUUGCUGACCUCAUCUGUACCGACAAUAG